UAUAGUAACAAGUAGAAAUGCAUGCCUGGCCAACAGUGGGUGGCAAUGCCAUCCUUCUAUUUGAAGAGCAUCGCAUGCGUAUAGUAAUGACCACUUCUACUGGGAAAUCCGUCAUUCUAGAAGUCCAGCUUUCUGGUGUCUAUGUCCAAAGUAGCCUUAGGUGAGGUUGGUCCAUGAGUAAUUUAUUUUUUUAAGUAUAUAUAUAACAAAGACUUUGGUAAAGAAAACCAAUUCUUUCUAGGUGCUGGUCCAUGUUGUCUUGACCAAAUGAGUCAAGUGAGUUGUAUAUUUAUGCCUUUCUUACACCCCUGAUGUUAUGACAUCUCCAGCAUGUUAAGGUCUACUUUAUUCUAUGCAGGCUUAUUGAGCAAAUGGAGAAUUAUUCCUUGUCUUUGGACAAUGAAUUGGUGGAACCUAAUGUAGCAAUACGGUCAGUUAAUUUGUCUUCAGGAGACACUGAGGGGCGUACAAGUGUUCUCUUCUCUGUGCAGAAAGGAAGUAGUAAUUCUCUAGUUUCGGGUUCGACCACUAUCAGUACGAACGCAGGCAGUCUUAAUCCAAAUGAACAGACUGAACUUCAGAUCUUGGUUAACACCAAUAAAAGUACAAACAAGACAUGUGGCUUUGUAGUGUAUCAAAACAACAAGCUUUUCCAAUCAAAAACAUUUAUAACUAAGUCAAAUUUUAGUCAAAAAAUUAUCUCAAGCAAAACUAAUGACAAUAAAGAAGUUCAGCAUGCUUCUGUUGAAAUGGUCUUUAGUCCAAAGUACAGUCGAGAAGAAUUUCAACUCUAUUCCUUUGCCUGUGUCUUUUGGAAUUUUUCAAAGAACGAUUGGGACACGUAUGGCUGUGACAAAGUCAAGGGCCAUGAUGGAUUCUUGCAAUGCCGCUGCAACCAUACUACUAAUUUUGCUGUAUUAAUGACUUUCAAAAAGAAUUAUCAGUAUCCAGCAUCACUAGAUAUCGCGUCAAACGUUGGAUGUGCAUUGUCCAUUUUUGGUCUGGCUCUUACAAUAAUAUUUCAGAUUGUCACCAGGAAAGUCAGAAAAACCUCAGUGACGUGGGUAUUAGUCAAUCUAUGCACAUCAAUGUUGAUUUUCAACCUCCUCUUUGUGUUUGGAAUUGAAAAUUCCAAUAAGAACUUGAAGACGAUUACUCAUGGUCUUUUACAAUUAAUCCCAGUCUUGAAUAAGUCAUUAAUUCUGUUCUUCUUUAUCACAUUAGGAGUCCCAGCUAUCAUAGUGGCUGUAACAGUGGGAGCUGUUUACGCUCAGAAUAGCAAUGAUGUAUCAUGGGAGUUAGUCUACCGGCAAGAAACAAUCUGCUGGCUGGCAAUUCCCCAAAGCGGCAACUUCAUAAAAAGUCCAUCGUUGUGGUCAUUCAUCAUACCUAUAACCAUUAUCCUCAUCAGCAACAUUGUUAUAUUUAUUAUAAUCACAGUCAAAGUGCUAUGGAAGAAUAAUCAGAAUCUGACAAGCACAAAAAAGACUUCAUCCCUAAAGAAGAUUAUUAGCACAUUUUCUAUUGCAAUUGUUUUUGGAAUUACCUGGGUUCUGGGAUACUUGAUGCUAAUUGAAAAUGAUACCAUCAGGACAAUCUUCGGCUAUAUAUUCUGCAUUUUCAACACUACUCAGGGAUUUCUAAUUUUUUUACUCUACACUGUUAGAACAAAAAUCUUCCAGAGUAGAGCUUCUGAAGUGUUGAAGUCACUGUCCACAUCUGCAGGGAGAAUGACAUCAAUGUCUUCAGUGACUCGGCUGAGGCUGCGUGUAAGAAUGUACAACAUGCUCCAGUCCUUCCCAGCCCUGCAAGAAAGCUUUAGGCUGCUGGAGCCAACUACUAAGGAAGAGAUACUUACUUACAGUUACCAAGAAAAUUCAGGGAUCUAGGCUGUGAAACUUUUCUGGUCUUUUUAUUAAACACAUGUUGAAUCGUAUCUGUUUCCCUCCUUCAUUCCCUAGACUUCCCAGAAGGUCCUCCUCAAUACAUUUGGCUCAGGGAUAAGAAUUAGGUAAAACCUAUAGUUCAUAUCAUUAGGGAUAAGAAACUUUGUAGUUUUUGUAUUAUUCAAUAGAUUCUUACUUGACUGAGGUGGAAAAUUGCACAGAGCCUUCAAGAUUACCAUUGUUUCUCAUAUCGUUAAGUCUAUGAUGCACUUUGACAAAGAUGUAGAACCCAUAGCAAUUCUUUCACAAUCCCAAGAAGACAUGAGCAGGAAAAUUUACCUUCUAGACCAAAAUGACUCCCAAUGGACAGUGUGUAGGGAUUUGCUUGUAGGUAUCCUACUUUUGAUCUCUGAAUGUUUUAAAGUUUGUAUGUGCUUGUGUUUUUAUUUCCAGUGAAGAAUUUGGUACCAGCUUAACCUCUGGAAAGGCAUUUUAUUUCUGUUUUUUUCUUAUUUUUAAAGCAUGUUUUGAUAUCAGAGUAAUUUGCUCUGUAAGAAAUGGGCACAAGACAUGUUA